GGCUUCCCCUAACUAUUGAGAACCAUGUCUGACAACGGAGAACUGGAAGACAAGCCCCCAGCCCCUCCUGUCCGGAUGAGCAGCGUUAUCUUCAGUGGGGGCAAAGAUCCGUUGGCGACCAACCACAGCUACAAACCCCUGCCCUCUGUCCCAGAAGAGAAGAAACCCAGGAGUAAAAUCAUCUCCAUGUUUUAUAGCAAUGAAAAAGGAAGCAAGAAGAAGGAGAAGGAAAGGCCAGAAAUCUCCCCACCAUCAGAUUUUGAACACACCAUCCAUGUUGGCUUCGAUGCUGUUACUGGAGAGUUCACUGGAAUGCCAGAACAAUGGGCUCGGUUGCUUCAGACCUCAAAUAUCACCAAGCUAGAACAGAAGAAAAACCCCCAGGCGGUACUAGAUGUGCUGAAAUUCUACGACUCCAAAGAAAGUAGAAUUGCAAAACAGAAAUAUCUGAGUUUUUCUGCUCCAGAAAAAGAUGGUUUCCCUUCAGGAACGCCAAUGACUAACGCCAAAGGUUCGGAACCAUCAACGGCUGUGGCAGAUGAUGAUGAGGAUGAUGAAGAAGCUCCUCCCCCUGUGAUUGCUCCACGGCCAGAUCACACAAAAUCGAUUUACACCCGCUCUGUGAUUGACCCCAUCCCUGCCCCAGCUGGUGACAGCUGUGCUGACAGUGCCACGAAAGCGGGCGACAAGCAGAAAAAGAAGACCAAGAUGUCAGAUGAAGACAUCAUGGAAAAACUACGCACUAUUGUAAGCAUAGGAGAUCCCAAGAAAAAAUACACCAGAUAUGAAAAAAUCGGGCAGGGGGCUUCAGGUACAGUUUUCACAGCUAUUGAUGUGGCAACAGGGCAGGAGGUGGCUAUCAAACAGAUCAAUUUGCAGAARCAGCCCAAGAAGGAGCUGAUUAUUAACGAGAUCUUGGUAAUGAAGGAGCUAAAGAACCCCAACAUAGUCAACUUUCUGGACAGUUACCUCGUAGGGGAUGAAUUGUUUGUGGUGAUGGAGUAUCUGGCUGGAGGCUCUCUAACAGAUGUGGUCACAGAGACGUGUAUGGAUGAGGCACAGAUUGCUGCUGUCUGCAGAGAGUGCUUGCAAGCGCUYGAGUUCCUCCAUGCCAACCAGGUCAUCCACAGGGACAUAAAGAGUGACAAUGUGCUGUUAGGAAUGGAUGGAUCAGUUAAACUCACCGACUUUGGCUUCUGUGCCCAGAUCACCCCYGAGCAGAGCAAGCGCAGCACCAUGGUGGGAACUCCCUACUGGAUGGCUCCYGAGGUGGUCACACGGAAAGCCUACGGCCCCAAAGUGGAUAUCUGGUCCCUGGGCAUCAUGGCUAUUGAGAUGGUGGAAGGAGAACCCCCGUACCUCAACGAGAACCCCCUGAGGGCUUUAUAUUUGAUAGCAACUAAUGGCACACCAGAGCUGCAGAACCCCGAGAAGCUGUCACCAAUAUUCCGGGAUUUCUUGAACCGAUGUUUGGAGAUGGAUGUGGAGAAAAGAGGAUCAGCCAAAGAAUUGCUACAGCAUCCCUUCUUGAAACUGGCCAAACCUCUGUCCAGCUUGACGCCACUGAUCCUGGCAGCCAAAGAAGCAAUGAAGAGUAACCGCUAACAUCCUGCCACGGCCUUCUUCCUUUUUUGUUUGUUUGUAUUUUACAAAUCUUUAUAAUAUAUGAAAUUGUUACACUUCGGGGGGGAGGGAAGGGAUUUUUGUGGGGGUGGGAAACGUCUGCAAAAGGGAAGAAACUCUCAUCCAGAAGACACCCAGAAUAAUGUUGUGGCGACUCUAGAGAUCCCUGUCUGGGGUCCAGAAGGAAUGGAGGGCUGAAUUACUGGCCUUUGUGGGAUUUUUUUAUUCUGAUUUUAUUUUUCCCAGACAGCCCAGAAAUGCCACUUGCUGUGCCCGGGGCUUUAWGGGGUUUUAACGACUUCGCUGUAACAGCUCCCGUUGUACUCUCGGGGUACUUUCGAUACUUGAAUGACAGAUUCAAGCUUUCAGAGAGCAGUACUAAUUUUACCUGCUGAUCUCUUUGACUCUCCUCUUCCUCCCCUCUACCUGCAAUCCCUGUGGGAAGCUCCCAAUGACCAGAUUCACAGCAGGCGUGGCGAAUGUGAAGGUACAUCUUGCCCCCCAUUUCUGUUUUGGAUUAGCUGUACUGUGGAAUCAACAACUCGGUUACUCAAGGAGCCGUAAUGUAUGGAAAAGGUUUUUCCUUUCUAGGAUGAAUAAGGAGAGAGAGAGAGGGGGAAGAGAAGUAUUCAGCUGUUUCUCAUGCCUGUGCUCUGUGGAUGUUUUUUUUAUAAUCAAAAAUGUGGCCUCUUUGUAGAACCGUAAUGAUCGGUCGAGUCUUUGGAUGUGGGUUAUGGAUAUGUAGGUUGGGGUCAGAUACUUUAUUUAUGAUCAAAUGAUCAGUUCUAGUCAGGGCAAGAAAAAAUUCCAGCUGUCUUCCUGUCUGCUCUUUUUUCCCCUGUUAGACUUGCUGGCCAGAAGCUUGAGGGAUAACGUGCUUGGUGCAGUGGGUGGUUCACAAAUGUGUAUCUGUGCUCUGACUCGGGCUUUGGAAGUUACGCUGGUGCCUUUGACUUUUUUUAUUUUACAUUUCCCUCCUUUGUAUCAAAUACGUUUUUGUAUAUGUUGUAAUUUCCCCUCCCCCUCCCCGCCAAGCAAAUAAUGCAUCAACCUAUGGAAUUGUCAGAGUUUAAAGUAUUAGAGCUAUUUUUUUCCAGUUUUGUACGUGCUCUGUUUGUACUAAUGAAACCAGAAGAACAAAUAAGCAGAUCUGAGGACACUGUCRAUGCAGGAUUUUGGAAACACGACCUGAACAGAUGAUGAACACCUGAGAUGCCAAAAUUGUGAGAUGAAGCAGAGGGGAAGCAGCRCUGUCAGACCAUCGUGGGGCCUGUUGGACCGGCUGGCUCAGGGCUGAGGGGCYGUGUCACACUGAUCCCUGUCACCAAGGACAUUGUGCCAGCCAGGAUGGCUGCAGUCACCCCUUCAAUGCAACAAAAAGUGCCUCCUUCUGAAGGACAGUGACACCCUGAGCUGUUGAGCUCUUGGGGUGUUGCCAGGGGCCAGUUUGGCUGAGCCUGUGCCCCUUCUAGUGCUACAGUCUAUGCAUUUCAACCUCCCCCAGUGUUUAAGGAAGAGCCACCUGUAGUGCCAAUGUGCCAAACAUUGAGUCUGUGAAAGAGCAACCGUGACUUUAGUGGGAUUGUAUUGCAUUCCCAGUGGGGCAGGGCAUGGGACAGACAGAGCUGUGGUUGGGUGGGGGCAGAGGACCCUGAAAAAAAAAUUUUUGCACACUUUUCCAAGCAUUGCCRGCAGAGGAUAGAAGUAAUUUUCAGAGAAUUUCAGUGUCUGUAAAGAGAGAAUGACAUUUUGGGGACUGGUAGCCAAGGUGACAAAACCAACUUGCAGGUGAGAGCGGCUGGAUGGGAUUUGGGGUGAUGGUGGAGGGGAGCAGGGCUGUGSUSUCACAGCUCCUGGGGAUCCUGUGGUGCCAGCAGAGUGCUUUGCUGGGCAGGUUCAGCUUGUGCUCUGCUCCUGUGUGCUAGUUAAAAUCUCUGUUGGGUUAAUUACCGUGACUGCUCCUCAMAGGGAUAAAUAUCUCUA